UGUAAGAAAGAAGAGAAAGUAAGAGUAUGUGUGUACAGACAUACAGAUUUUCUUGUUUUUGUAAAACAAAACAAAACAUGAAAACUAAGCACAAGAUCACAGAGCCGGAGAAGCGGCGUUAGAGGGAGCGCCGUGUCUGCGGAAAUCGCCGAGGCAGCCUCCGUGGAGGAGCAGAAGGAAAUGGAAGAUAAAGUGACUAGUCCAGAGAAAGCUGAAGAAGCAAAAUUAAAAGCAAGGUACCCUCAUCUGGGACAAAAGCCUGGAGUUUCAGAUUUCUUAAGAAAACGAUUACAGAAAGGGCAAAAAUAUUUUGAUUCUGGGGAUUACAACAUGGCUAAAGCGAAAAUGAAGAAUAAGCAACUUCCUGCUGCAGCCCGGGAUAAGACAGAGGUCACUGCUGACCACAUUCCCACUCCACAGGACCUUCCUCGACGGAAACCAUCCCUUGUUGCUAGCAAGCUGGCUGGCUGACUAAAAGCACUGAACUGCAUGAAUCUGCUAACUCCUGAUACUUCUCCUUAAUAUGUUCUCGGCUUUGUGUUUCCUUUCAUUCACUGAGUCAUUUGAGAGUGAAAACUUUGCAGGUAGUGGUAGUGUGUGCUGUUAC